AUGCCAAACCGCAAAGAGGUCCAAGAUCUUAAGCCGUCGCCCAAAACGGGAGGUGGCGAGCCCGCUAAAUCAAGGGUCAGGAUCGGGAGGGCCUGUGAUCGCUGCAAGAUCAAGAAGAGCAAGUGUGAUGGUAACACACCUUGCUCGGCGUGCAUAGCAAGUGAAAGCACAUGCGAAUAUAGUGCGCGACGACGCAGAGAGGCGAGAGACUGGUAUUGGGGUAUGCAGGAUGUGAUCGACGAAGCGCUCCAGAGACUCUACUGGGCAUGUCGCCAAGGCCGCGGCUUCCCAGGAGUGAUUCCAGACGAGAGCAGCGGUCGAGUAUCCACUGAUGCAAUUCUUCGAGGGUUGGGGUUGAGCCCUCCAGCGGUAGACAAUACUCGUAUGGCAGCUAGCCGGUCAGAUUCGGUCUUGGAAACGCAGAAUCCGCUGCACCGUCCACAAUCGUAUCAUCCCCCGGAUUUUCCACCCCCAGAUUUGUCGCGCACCAAGACCGCCUCUUCUGCCGUGACUCGAUCGUCGACGACCGGCGAUGACCGACUCACCUUUGCAGAAGCGACGACUGAUGGUGCCAGCCGAAGAGGGAAACAAACAUCAGCAAUGGAAGUAGACGGCGAAGAGGAGGAGAUGUCUGAUGGCAUCCCGGACAGCCUUCCGGACGGCUUCGCGGAACAAUUCCAGGGGAGUUUGGGUAGCAGUAUCGACCCUGCAAUGCUGCAAGAUGGCCAUGUGGAUUUGACCGCCGGCUCAUUAUACCCAAAUAUGAGUGUUAUGGACUUUGCAGGAAGGGGACGACCCGGGAUGCAGGGUCAGCGGAUGCCCACACAAGCUGCGGCUGGCCAGUUCCAAGUCGACGGUCUACCGGAGGAAACAUUCGGAGCGGGUGGACAACAGCGAUGGCAAGGACGGGGACACGAAAUCGAUGGCAUGCUUCCUUGGCCCGGGAACAUGGCCUCCAUGUACAGGGGGACUAGGCAGGAUGAGGCCGGAGGUGGUUUCGACGAUCAUGUUGACGGAGAACGAUGA